GUUGGAGCCCGGCUUGGCGGCGGCGGUGGCGGCGGCAGCCGUGGCGGCUUGUGCGCAUGCUCCGUCGCCCGCCCGCCCUGGCCGCUCGCCGCCCGCCCGCCCGACGGAGACGCAGCCCCGGCUAGCUGACUUCAUGUGAAAGAUGGCUAAUGCGGAAGUGAGUGUCCCAGUGGGAGAUGUGGUUGUGGUACCCACUGAAGGAAAUGACGGGGAGAGCCCUGAAGACACUAAAACCCAAGUGAUCUUGCAGUUACAGCCUGUGCAGCAAGGGAUUUAUGAUGCUGGGUCAGAGAACAACGCAGCAGUUGUAGCCGUAGAAGCUCACACGAUACACAAAAUUGAAGAAGGAAUUGAUGCAAGCAGCAUAGAAGCAAACGAGGAUAUGGAAAUUGCUUACCCUAUAACCUGUGGAGAGAGUAAAGCUAUCCUCCUCUGGAAGAAGUUUGUGUGUCCAGGAAUAAAUGUGAAGUGUGUCAAGUUCAAUGAUCAAUUGAUCAGCCCCAAGCAUUUUGUCCACCUGGCUGGCAAGUCCACUCUGAAGGACUGGAAGAGAGCCAUUCGUCUAGGCGGCAUCAUGCUCAGGAAAAUGAUGGACUCUGGGCAGAUCGAUUUUUACCAGCAUGACAAAGUUUGCUCCAAUACCUGCAGGAGUACCAAGUUUGACCUUCUGAUCAGCAGCGCAAGGGCGCCAGUGCCAGGCCAGCAGACAAGUGUGGUGCAGACCCCCACCUCGGCCGAUGGUAACAUCACACAGAUUGCCAUCUCAGAGGAGAGCAUGGAAGAGGCCGGGCUGGAGUGGAACUCAGCACUCACUGCUGCUGUCACCAUGGCCACAGAUGAGGGCAUCAAAAAAGACUCUGAAGAAAUUUCAGAGGACACUUUGAUGUUCUGGAAAGGAAUAGCUGAUGUAGGGUUGAUGGAGGAGGUCGUCUGUAAUAUUCAGAAGGAGAUAGAAGAACUUCUUAGGGGCGUUCAGCAGCGGCUCCUGCAGGCUCCCUUCCAGGUCACAGAUGCUGCUGUUUUAAACAAUGUGGCACAUACAUUUGGCCUAAUGGACACAGUCAAGAGAGUUUUGGACAACAGACGGAAGCAGGUGGAACAGAGCGAGGGACAGUUUCUCUACACCCUGGCAGAUUUGGAACGGCAGUUGGAAGAGCAAAAAAAGCAAGCCCAAGAUCCUAGACUGAAAUCUCAGACGGUUCAAAAUGUGGUACUGAUGCCUGUGAGCACCCCAAAGCCUCCAAAAAGACCCCGGCUCCAGCGGCCAGCCUCCACCACUGUCCUGAGCCCUUCUCCUGUGCAGCAGCCUCAGUUUACUGUGCUCUCACCCAUCACCAUCACCCCCGUGGGGCAGUCCUUCUCCAUGGGCAAUAUUCCAGUGGCUACUCUCAGCCAGGGCUCCAGCCCUGUGACUGUCCACACGCUGCCUUCUGGCCCACAGCUCUUCCGCUAUGCCACGGUGGUUUCCUCUGCCAAGAACAGCUCACCAGACACAGUGACCAUCCACCCUUCAUCAAGCUUGGCACUGCUAAGCUCUACCACUAUGCAGGAUGGCAGUACCCUGGGCAAUAUGGCCACAAUGGUGAGCCCUGUGGAGCUGGUGGCCAUGGAGUCUGGCCUGACUUCAGCAAUCCAGGCAGUUGAAAGCUCCUCAGAGGAUGGGCAGACCAUCAUUGAAAUUGACCCAGCCCCAGAUCCUGAGGCUGAAGACAAUGAGGGCAAAGCAGUCAUCUUGGAGACAGAGCUGAGGACUGAGGAGAAAGUGGUGGCUGAGAUGGAAGAACACCAGCAUCAAGUCCACAAUGUGGAGAUUGUGGUCUUGGAGGACUGAUUGGGGAUGGGGCCAAGAGCUAUGUUUUGGUUUGGAAUUUUAAUUAUGUUUAUUUUUAUCAUUGUCCCAUUCAUUUCCACAUAGAACCUUUUUUUUAAAAAAAAAAAAAAACAAACUACAAAAAUCUCGUUGUAAAUGACAAUGUUGGGUUUCUCCUACCCUCUCACUGACAAAUGGACAGAACAAGCUACCUUUCCUGAAGUUAGGAACAGGUCAUCCGGUGUCCUAAUCAUCUUACCCCAAGGAAGGUAUUAUUGCUUUUAGGGGAGGUAUCAAAUAACCAGGAACCCUUUCCAGAAUAGUCUGUCUGUAUAUACAUGCAUGGGUUCACUCUUGUAAAGAUGCAUUGACCAAACUCUGGAGCACAGACCUGACACUGGAAGACGGCCAGCUCUCGCGUAUCCUGGAUAUGGCCUCAGAGGCCAGUGCAAAACUCUCAAACAAAAGGAAGUUGAACUCUGCUUAGAGUGGGAAGUAGCAUGCCAUCAGCAGCUUAAAUGGGGAAGUUCUUUGGCAAGGAGGGGGCAAGGAGUGAUCUUCCAGAGGUGCAUCUGAUGCCCCCUCGAGCUCUUUGAGGGUUGGGUACCAUUUUGAGAAGAGGCCAGUGAUAUGCAGAAUGGCAUACAGCAAAACAAGCGAUUGUCACAGCUGUGCUUUUGGGAAAGCUCCCCUUGCCCCCAGUCUUGUCAAAGCCCUCAGCCUCUUCACCAAGGAUUACCAGUCCAUUCCUUUGCAGACUGUAAUGUGGCAUAAAUCGCUCUAGAUCUUGGACUGUGGCUGUCAUGAGAUGGGGCUCCACGGCCAUCAUUUUUGUUUCUUGACUCCAGGAAGAGUUCCUCGUGCAGACCAGCUGCUAUUUUCAGGAGCUGUGCAUGAAAGUGUGUCUGGUGUGUA